GCGGUGGAUGCGGUUGUGUAGCAGCGGAUCCUUUACGGCUGCGCGCACACACACACACACGCACACGCACGUACACGUGAAUUGUUGAAUCACCGUUGGAGAGUCAGCUCAAUCUCCACGAAACAAAAGCGAAAGGAACAGUGGACAGCGAGGGAGUUUCACCGCGAGGAUUGCGCCCCCGUCCCCCCCCCCCCGCCCAACGACGACCGCGCAGCACCGUUCUCUCUCUCUCCCUGAGGGUCAACAAGUGGAGCUUUUUUCCGCCGUAUCGUUUUGCUGCGGGCGUUUUUUAUUUUAUUUUCCGCGUUAGAUUCGCUCGACAUCGGAUUUUUCACCUUUCCUGGUACUGGAAACCACUUUUACUUACCUGCACACAAGCGAUUCUUCAAGAGUCACGUCCUUUUUUUUGCUUUACCUUGUCUUCUUCCCUUAGUUGCAAAUGAGCGUCAAUCAAUCCGCAGAGAGCACCGCCAGCAGUCUGCAGCGCUCCGGCCUCAGCAUUACGGUCGGCGACACGAAAUCCAUUGUGCUGGCUCUGCAGGCUCUUCAAAGCAAGAUUCGCUCCCUAGAACAGGACCGCGACUACCACCAGGACCAGUACGAGGUGUCUUUGCAGGCCCAUGAACAGCAGAAACUGGACAUGGAGCGGCAGAUGGAGCAGGAGCGGGCGGCGCACCGCAAGCGCGAGGCUGAUUUGCUGGAGCUGCUGAGGAAAGCACGGGACGAACGGGCCGAGCUUGAGGACGCGCUCAGCGGCAACAAGGAAGACCUCGGCGGCUUUCGGAAAGAGUUGGAGGAGAUGAUUGCCUCGGAAAAGGAGCUGGCCGAACAACGCGAAUCGAAGCUGAACAAGGAGGUGGCGCGGCUGCGGGAAGACAUCAAAGACGAGCAGACGCGACGGGCGGCGCUGCUCGUAACCGUCGAUAAACUGAAAGAGGAGCGAGAGGCGGCGCUGCGUACCAAUGAGCAGCUUCGCGUCGCCAUGGAUGACCUGUUGACUCAUUUUGAGCACCAGCAGCAGCAGCAGCAACAACGGCUUCGACACCCCUCGUCGUCUGAGCCUUCGCAGCGCACGAUGAGUCGUGGCGGCCCAGCGGGUCCGUCCGCAUCGAUGCGCGGAGGAGCCAGCCGUGGUCAAGUGGCCAACGGCGCUGUGCAUGCCCAUCGUUCCGCACGACCGCGUGUGGCGGUCAACAUGCAGCGCCACAACUACGAGGACCCCACGUGCAGCUCGAUGUUGCGGGACGUCCGCGUGGUGCCGGACGAGAUGCCACCCUGCGCGUACCCUUCCGCACAGUCGCCCCACGACGACGACGAAAACGGAGUUGCGGACGGGCACGUCCAUUAUCGAAGUGCGCGGGAUAGUUCGCGGCGGGGCGGCGAGAUCUCUCCUGCUCGACGUGGCGUCAGCGCGCACAGCUCGCACCAACGCACCUCACCCGCUGUCAUACGCACGUCAUCGCGGCCGCAGAACGCAAGUGCGCGGCGUGCUGCGCCUUCAUCGACAGCGGCGACGGGACAAAAAGUGCCUCCUCCGGCGCUGAGUACGAAGGCGAUGGAUGAGGUAGAAAAGCAGCUCCGACACGAGCUGGAGGAGCUCCAGCAUCAGUACGAAGACACGGUGACGCGCAGGCCACCAGGCGAGAUCCCGAGCGAGGUGCUCGCUGCUGCGUUGCAUCGCAUUUCGUCCCUGAUCGAUCAAAAGAAAGAGCAGGUGAAACUUCUGAAAGAGGCAAGGAGGGAGUUAGAAGACGCUGUCGGCAGUGCGGAGGCCUCGCGUAGCUCCGGCAAUGGGAGUGGCAUGGUGGGCGAAGACAAGUCGACGCGGCGCGCUAUGCUCGUCAACGAACUUCGCUCCUUGCUCGCCGAGGCCAGCAGCUGA